ACAAGGAGCUACUGGGGAGAGUCCAGCGGAUGCCCCAGCGAUGAUGAAGGGGCUGGAGCAUCGCUGUUCCUGAGGAGAGAUUGCGGGAGCUGGGCCUGUUCGGUCUGAGGAGAUUGUGAGGGGAUCUCAUGAAUGCACAGAAAUACCUCAAAGGCAGGUGCCAGGAGGAUGGUGCCAGGCACUUCUCAGUGGUGCUCAGUGACAGAACCAAGAGUAAUGGCCAUAAACUAAAACAUAAUAAGCUCCACCUCAGCUUGAGAAAGAACUUACAUUGAGGGUGGCAGAGCACUGGAACAGGCUGCCCAGGGAAGUCAUGGAGUCUCUCUCUCUGGAGACAUUCAAACGCCACCUGCUGCAGGUGACCCUGCCGUGCCAGGGGCUGGACUCGGUGCUCUCCAGAGAUCCCUUCCAACCCUGACAAUUCCGUGACCCGCGGGCUCCCGGCCCUUGCCCAGGGGGCGAGGCAGGAACGCUUCUGCGCGGGUUCUUCUUUCCGGGGGAAGCGGCGGGGCGGACGCGGUGCCCGCGGCCAUGGAGCGGCGGCAGCAGCGGGAGCAGCGGGCGGUGGCCCUGGAGCGGCUGGAGGGGGUGACGCGGGAGCGCUUCCUGCGGGACAUCUACCCGCGGAGAAAGCCAGUAGUGCUGACAGGACUGGAACUGGGCCCUUGCACCACCAAAUGGACAAUAGAUUACUUGAGCCAAGCUGAAGGAUCUAAAGAAGUAAAGAUUCAUGUUUCUGCAGUGCCACAGAUGGAUUUCCUCAGUAAGAACUUUGUGUAUAGAACUCUGCCUUUUGAUGCAUUUGUACGGAGAGCAGCUGAAGUCAAGCACAAAGAGUACUUUCUGACUGAGGAUGAAAAGUACUAUUUGCGUUCAGUGGGUGAAGAUGUUAGGAAGGAUAUUGCAGAUAUCAGGAAGCAGUUUCCUAUUUUAGCAGAAGAUGUUCAUAUUCCAGAGUAUUUUGAGAAGGAACAGUUUUUCUCUAGUGUCUUCCGCAUCAGCUCAGCUGGAUUACAGUUAUGGACACAUUAUGAUGUAAUGGACAACUUCUUAAUCCAAGUCACAGGGAGAAAAAGAGUUGUUUUGUACAGUCCUCGAGAUGCACCAUAUUUAUAUUUAUCAGGUACUAAAUCGGAGGUGCUGGAUGUGGAUAACCCAGACAUGGACAAAUAUCCCCUUUUUGGGAAAGCCAAGCGCUAUCAAUGUGUUUUGGAAGCAGGAGAUGUGUUAUUUAUUCCAGCUUUGUGGUUCCAUAAUGUAAUUUCUGAGGAAUUUGGAGUGGCACUGAACGUCUUUUGGAAGCACCUUCCUGCUGAGUCCUAUGAUAAGACUGACACUUAUGGAAAUAAAGAUCCCAUGGCAGCCUCUAGAGCUAUACAGAUCUUGGACAGAGCCUUGAAAACACUUGAAGAGCUACCUGAGGAAUAUAGGGACUUUUAUGCCCGGAGAAUGGUGUUACGUAUCCAAGAAAAGGCCUACAGGAAUGAUUAUGGAUAAAGUAACACCCUGCAGUUCAGCAAGGUCCCUUGCAAGUAGAAAAUUGUAAGUUAGUAUGGAAACUGUCCAUCUGUACUUACAUACACUUUCUGUGAGACCAAUAAAAACUGUCAAUAAACAUUCAUCUCUAACAAAA